AUGCAUGCAUGUGUUUUGUGCUUUGCGGUGGCUUGCUGCUGCGCUUUCCUAGAUAGCGGAGGACGUGCUCGCAAAAGCACCUCGCUGUCUUUCACCCUCUCCUCCAUCAAGAGGGUCCAGAGCACUCCCAACCUGCAUUCCUCUGCAGGGAGUGAUUCUCACUCAUCAGAUUCAGAUGUAUGGCGGUCCCGCAGUGCCACAGACGGAAUGAGAAAUGGGGACGCUGGCAGCAGCUCCUCUCUGGCUGCAAAAGGUUUCCGCAGCGUUAGACCCAACCUGCAGGAUAAGAAGUCUCCAACGCCGGUCCCCCUCCCACCACCUCGGAGAGAGAGCUAUCAGUUUGCGCCCCCUGGUGUCGACCCCCCCUCUUACGGCUCUGUCAUUGCCCUCGCAGACUCUGUGGUGCCUGAUGCUCUCUCUCUGGUCCACAAUGCCACUACUGACACAAAAAAGGGCUCCUACACUCUCAGCUCCCACACCAAGUCCUCUUACUCCUACUCAAAGAAAACCACCACCACCACCACCUCCUCCUCUUCCUCUUCCUCCACUGCCCUUCCUGAGCCUUCUGAUCCAGGCCUCCCUGCCCAGAACAAUGAGCGCCAUCUCCCCACUGACACCACCAGUAGCAGACGCGGCAGUCACAGCACUCAGAUGCAGCUGCGCAGAGUGGCCACCCUACAGAUGACCCCCACCACUGCUCCAGAUCCCCCAGCUCACGUCACCCCAACAGAGCCGGAGCUCCCCAACACCAACCCCAGCUCCGUCCCGUCAGGCCCAGACCACAACACCACCCCAGCCCCCACCCCCACCCCCCCACCGAACCCGGCCCCCCCUUCUCGCCGAAGCUCUAUUCACACCACCUCUGUCCCGUCAGGCCCGGACCACCCCACCACCCCACCCCCAACCCCCACCCGCACCCCGAACCCGGCCCCCCCUUCUCGCCGAAGCUCUAUUCACACCACCUCUAUCAGCCCCUCCAGCACCAGCACAGACACCCCCAAAGUCCCCGAGGCGUCCAAGGAUCCCCGGAAGACCCCGCCCAUUCCCCCGAGACCGGCCGUGGAUGUGGUGCCCGGCGGGUCCCCGUCACGCGCCCGCACGGCCUCCCCUCGAGGACCCCUCUCCCCUGACGCCGGCUCGCGUCGCUCCCCGUACAGUCGGGCCAGCCAAGGCUCCCCAGACUUCCUGUCCUCGGCCCUCUCCCCAACCCCCUACACCCCUCUGGAGCGCAGCACGGGGCUGGGGGCAGGAGGAGGUGGCGGUACCGGAGGAGGAGGAGGAGGAGGUGGCGGUAGCGGAGGAGGAGGAGGGGGAGCAGGCGGCGCCGAUUCGCCCGUCACAGUGUCGGCACUGAGCCACUACUCGUCGUCGACCGCCGUGCUGGAGGAGCUGCAGAUCUGCGGGCUGGACUCCUCCCCCGGGGGCUCGGCCACGCCCUCGCCCACUCUCAGCCACACCUCCGCCGUCACCCUCGACGACGGCUCGCCAUUAACAGCCACGAUGGUCACCGCUGUUGCAAGCGCCGCUGCCAACACUAACGGUCAAAUGGCCAUGAAUGGGAGAUCUGACCAUGCGAGUUGCCCACCGAGUGUGCCCCAAAGGCCCGUCUCUCCUGCAGACUACCCGCCUCCUCCCCCGACACUCAGCCCAGGUGUGAUGCGGGUCCAGCAGAACCGUAGCUCAGAGUUUUCUGAGUCUGUGAUGCGGGAGUCAGUGGUGGAGGGUCAGACCACCGUCAGCAGCACAGUGCCAAUCGCUCGCUUCUCUGAGGAGGAGAAGAAGGUGUCUGUCAUCAAAGCACCACAUUACGAGGGCAUCGGCCCUGUGGAUGAGUCGGGCAUCCCCAUCGCCAUCCGAACGACAGUGGACCGGCCAAAAGACUGGUACAAGACCAUGUUCAAGCAGAUUCACAUGGUUCACAAACCAGAUGAUGACUAUCCAGACUCAUACAACGCCACGUACACCUUGGUUAAUAAUGACAACUACAGCGCGGUCCAUGCUCAUCCCCCACCUCGCACACAUACAUACCGCCCACUGGCAAAGCCUGUUGCCACGGACGACAGCGCCCCCCCUCUCAGGGAACCGUCCCCUGCCCCCAUCCCACCUCCACCACCCCCCAUGCCCUCUCUGCUGCAGCUCCGCUCGCGGGACUACGACCGGGACAGAGAUUUGCCGCAUGACACGAAUGAGUACAGCCCUCCAGACAGAAAGGUGGACACCAGAAAGUAUCGUGCUGAGCCUCGAAGCAUCUUUGAGUAUGAGCCGGGGAGGUCCUCCAUCUUGGAGCAAGAGAGACCGACAUAUGGUAUAAACCCUGAUGACAUAGAUUUAGAGAACGAGCCAUGGUAUAAGUUCUUUUCUGAACUGGAGUUCGGUCGGCCGCCUCCUAAAAAACGGCUGGAUUAUAAUCCAGACAGCUCCUCCUCUCGUGUCUUCACUGAGAGCUCGCUCUACAUCUCCCACGCAGAAAGAGCACCCGACAGGCCUUCAAGUGCCGCUAGUGACUACAGAAAGAGGAGGAAGUCAGAGCCCACGGUGAGUCAGCAGAACGCGGGUGCAGACCAGAAUGCCUUGCAGACGUCCACUCAGGCCCACCCGUCCGGCAGAGCUAGCACACUGAAGAAGGCUAGUGCUCGCUCAUCCCCCUCGUCACCAUCCAGAGCUAGAGCGAGUGAGGUGAGUGAUAUGGCUUCUCCCCGCUCCGCAUCAGUGCCUCUGUGCCCAUCGCCCCCUCCCUCAUCCCGAGGCUCGCGUCGCUCGCUCUGUUCCCGCAACAGUUGGCAGGCGCAGCGGCAGGAUGCUGGCGACGCCUGGAGCAGUGCCGAGGACGCUUCCAAUGCCCCAACGCCACCCACAUACACCCCCACCCCGCCCCAGCAGCCACAGCCUCGCCUCAAGUCACGCAGCUGUGACGACCUGCUCUCCGACACACCCCACCACCACCACCACCACCACCACGGUGGCCGAGGAAGAGCCUUAGGGAGAGGGACUUCCACACCGCCCACUACCACUCGCUCAGAGAGUGCUGGCUCGCUCCUGUGUGACGGCGCGGUAUCCCAGGAUGGCUCAGGUUCGGGCUCGGGCUCGGGGUCCCCUCGGCAGCUUCACCAUCAUCCGCGCAGGCGGAGGGCUCACGACGCGCCGGGCUUCCUGCAGCUCUACAAGAAGAUGCACCGCAUCAACCGCGCGGAGCUGCUGCCGCCCGAGGUCAUCCGCUCGGUGCGCACGCGCAUCCUGGAGUUGGAGAGGCAGCAGCAACGGGGAGGCCUGGGCCUGACCGGAGGGUGGGCGCCCUGGGGCAUGGAGGUGCCCCGCGACAUGGUCCCCAACCGCAUCUCGGCGUACGAGCAGAUGAUCCAGAAGUCCAAAUCCAUGCCCAACCUGGACGAAGCUCCGUCAGGGGCCACCACGCCCGGGUCCUCGUCCCGCGCGAGCAGCAGCGGCUGCCCCAAGCGCCGCUUCUCCAUCGAGUCACUGCUGGAGGAGGACACCCCGACCGGCCCUCCGCCAGCCUCCCUGACGGCCUCGGCGACAGCCUCCCCUUCCUCGCCUCCCAUCUCGCCGGAAAGACGACCGCGGAGCCCUCCCGAGGGACAGCCACGCGUUGGGCCCUCAGACGGAGCUGCCGCAGCACAACAGCACAAACCCCCAUCUCAUCCUCAUAGCCUCGCCCAUGCCCACGGCCACCACUCCCACCGCCACCAACACCACCACCCUGGGGACAGGCCGCGGCCAGAGAGCACCCCCCUGCCCCAGCAGGCGGGCGAGUACUCGGACAGCGAGGCCGACGCGGCCGCCUCGGACCUGAGCGACUUCAUCCAGGUGGAGGCGUCGUCCUUCUGCAGCGAGAGCGACUUCGACCACUGCUCGCUCACCUCCUCCGAGAGCUUCUACACGGCAGCCACCACUGGCCGCCACCAUCUGUUCCACGGACACCACCACCUCCACCACCACCACCACCACCACCACGGCCACCACCAGAGCCACCAGAGCCUGGGCCAGAGCCAGGGCUUCACGCACCGCCACCUGAUCAGCUCUUGCAAGGGCCGCUGCCCGGCCUCCUACACGCGCUUCACCACCAUGCGCAAGCACGAGAGGGAGCGCGCCCGCUCGGACCCCAGACCGCCCACCACCACCCCCGUGGACACGCCGACGCACACUCAUCAGCACUCGUCGGCGCUGUCGCACGCAGACCCGGGCCUCUCCAAGCUGGCCUUCCUGGUCAGCCCCGUGCCUUUCCGUCGGAAAAAGGGCUCCGAUCCAGAAGGAGGUGGCGAAGGCAGCAGUCGCCGCGCCCGUUCUCAACCUCGCUCCAAAGCCGCCAUGUACGAGGCCCUGGACUCCGCCCUGCAGGACAUCUACGAGCACAUUCGGGCGGAGAGGGCGGGGCGCGGCGGAGGACAGAGCCUCCGGGAGGGCGUCUCCCGUCUCCCGGACGACAGCAUCCUGCGGCGACUGCUGGAGGAGCUGCUGCCCGACGUACCUGAGCGGAGCUCGUCGCUGAGGGGGCGGCGCGGCGGGCACCACAGUGCAGGGCCUUCUCCGCCCCCUCCCUCGCGCCACCGCCACCACCAGCAGCCUUACCACCACCACCAUCCGCAGGGCAGGAGCCAGCAGGGCUCUCCCAGCGGCUGCGCCUCUCCCUCUGGGCUGGGCUCGGACCACAGUGCCUCCCCCUACCGGCACCAUCACCACCAUGCAGACGGUGCCAGCAGCAAACACCACCACAGCAACACCAAUGCACACUGUUACUCAGAUCCAACCUCUGAAACUGGUCGCCAAACCCCCCAGCACAGAAGGCCGUCCCCAAACAGAGACGUCUCCCAUAAGCAGAUGACAUAUCUCAUAUUGUCUUCUCUCCUCCAUCAGAAACAGCCAGCCAGAGCUAUUUAUGAUUUUAAGGCACAAACAGCCAAGGAGUUGUCCUUUAAGAAGGGUGAUGCCGUUAACAUCAUCAGACAGAUUGACAGCAACUGGUAUGAGGGAGAGCAUCGUGGACGCGUGGGUAUUCUCCCCAUCUCUUAUGUGGAGAAGGUGCCAUCGGUGGAGAAGCAGCCCCAGCCGGUGCGGCCGCCUCCGCCCGCCCAGGCCAGGGAGAUGGGUGAGGCAGUGGCUCGCUACAACUUUAACGCUGAUACCAACGUAGAGCUGUCACUCAGAAAGGGAGAGCGGGUUAUCCUGCUCAGGCAGGUGGAUGCCAACUGGUACGAGGGGAAGAUCGCAGCCACGGGCAAGCAGGGUAUCUUCCCCAUGUCUUAUGUGGACAUGGUCAAGAGGUCGCCCUCCAAGAGUCCCACCCACCGCACAGAGUCGUCCAGCUCCAGAAGCCAUAAGCGAAUGACACAGGAGUCUCACCAUGGACCAGGAGAACCGUUCCAGGCUCUGUACAACUAUAUGCCACGGAACGAGGACGAGCUAGAGCUGAAGGAGGGUGACAUAGUGGAUGUCCUGGAGAAGUGUGAUGAUGGCUGGUUUGUGGGGACCUCCAGGAGAAGCAAGCAUUUUGGCACCUUUCCAGGAAACUAUGUGAAGAAGCCGUAGUGCUGUUUCUAACCUUUCUCGGCCGUGCACAUACCUCCCCAUUCACUGUUAGUGUGAGGUCACGCAGAAUUCACACCUGCGUAUCUCUCUCUCGUAUAGAGAGAGAGAGAGAGAGAGAGAGAGAGAGAGAGAGAGAGAGAGCGAGUGAGAGAGAGAGAGAGAGAGAGAGCAAUCCACUUUGCUUGUGUGUCUGGGCACCAUGUAUACACUCCUAUUAGCUCCAACUAGCCAUAUUUAAGAGACAUUUUUCGCAGACUUUGAUUCAUUUGGGAUUCUUCGACAUGCACAGAGCUUUUGUACCGCUCCAUCUCACCAUCCUCAUCUCACACGGAUGGUUGCUGCUGGCACCAUGAGCCAGUGCACACAUCACAGUCAACACUCUCUAUGAGUUUGGAAGAUGGGUAUGUAUGAUGCACAAUAAAAAAGAAAAGUGCUCCACUCCACUGACAGGGCUCUGACAAUGCUGUUGCAUUUGUUGCCGUUCAAACUAUCCCACUGGAAGGAGAGGAAUCAAAUUCCCUAUAGUCAAGGUGACGGGAGGCCAUAGCCCAUCACUGCCCAAUCUCUAACAGUCAGAAGAUGUCUUCUGUUCUAUGAUUUAAGUAUUGGAUGACGACAAACAUGCCACGAAGGAGACACUGGACUAGCAUUUUCUGCAGUAUUUUGGAGUGGCCCAUAGAAAGACAUGCUACAUGGUCCGUCCAACAAUAUUACUUGGAAUCCGGACCACAAUACUUCAUGAAACAUCUGACUUAGACAGCAGUAAAGUCCUGUCAUUGAACAUGCAGGUGUAGCUGAAAGAAAUGGUGUUUUAGCAAAUAUUUGUUUCAAUAUUUGGUUGUGUACAAUAAUAUUUAUAGACUCAGUAGAAUAUAAACUAUGAAUUGUUUCCCCAGUUAAGAUCUAUUUCUUGUUUUUUUUAUAGUACAUCUACAAAUGAGUUUGAACCGUCAUUGUAUUCUAGUGGUAAUCAAUGAUCUGUAUCAUUUCUAAUACUGAACUUGUACAAUGAAGAAGUGCAUUUGAACUUCUGACUAAACAUGGAAUUCUGGAAUUUUCAUUCUGGCAUUUCCUAGCAUUUAUUUUCCUCUGAAUUGACAGAAGAGUUUUGCAUUAUGUAUUAAUACCUAGGUCGUCUGGUGGGUGCUAGAAAUGUUUUGAAAUGAGUAUGUAUUUUUUGGCUGAAUUAGAGAAGAGAGAUUUCAAGACCUGAGAAAGUAUUUAGGAAAGAAAGAAUCGAGUGUUGGGAAGAUGCGUCCCUCUUUAACUCCCCAUAGUUUCAGUUCGGUGUAUCAAGAAGAAAAGGCACUCCGGUUUAUUCCCCCACCUCUCUCUCUCUCUCUCUCUCUCUCUUUCGCUCUCCCUCUCUUGCUCUCACUCCACAUUCACAUGGGCUACAGUACGUACCGUCACCAUUAUUUGAAACUUAUUUUGUUUUACUUAUUUCCCUCCUCUUAGUUCAGCGCAGGCCUCCCUCCCUCCUCACAGCCCUUAUAUUCUCUAACCUAACUCCUGCCAGCUGGACAUAGUUCCACCAACCAUCGUCUAUUAGAGAAAGAUACUCCAAACUCCGCCCACCCAAUUGCAAAGGAGUGUGCUCAAGUUCGGCCUCCUAAGGGGGGCGAUCUCCUCUCCUUCUUGUUCUCUAUUUGUGGUAUUUGGCGGCGGCUUGCACAAGAUGUGCGCUACCGUCAUCUACAGCACCACAGGAACUCUAUUUAUUCUCAACUGUAAGACUCCAAAGGUUUCCUGACUCAAGGUCUCCUAAAGGGCUGUUCACCUGACAUCACAUGGAUCCCGGAGAAGUACGAACCUGAAGUAUCUUAUUCUACUAGAUGAUUGUUGGUUUCGCCAUACUGCACUCACACAGGGAUGUGUGGAGCUCAAUGGAGAGCCAUGUGGAAAUACAUGAAUCUGGCCCGAGUCAGGCUACGUAUUCUCUACUGUGGGACAUUUAUUCAAGCAUCACCUGUAGUGCUGAAGGAUUUGUCAAAUACAUUUUUUGUUGCAUUGCAUUUGAUCAUGGCUUGUUAUUUACCAAUUUGUGAAAGUGUUUUGUGAGCUGAAGUACAUUGAGACAAAGAUUAAGAGAAAAGCUCUGCUACUUGUGGCCAAUUAUAUACAGGAAAGCCUGGUGUUAUAGUAUUCCUUCAUUGGAUUGUGAAGUGUGUGUGUGUGUGUAUGAGAGAGAUAGAGAGAGAGAGAGAGAGAGUGUGUGUGCACGCGCACGUGCGUGUGUAAGUUAGCCAGAUAACUGAACAACAUAUUUUACAAAGCACCUUAAACCACAUAUUAGUUUAUUUUACAAUAUAUUUGUUUGUUUGCAUCUUCUCUUUCUUUUUCCAUCACAGCAUCCUUCUGUGACCUUUCACACUGACCUCACUGUAUUGCCUGCUGUGUUUUGUAUGUCUUUUUGUAUGACAUUGUAAAUCAAAAUGAUGCACUUGCUUCAUAAAGUCAUUACCUUCUCACCCUGCACUGGUCCUAAUGGUCCCAUGAUUCCUCUGUCUUUGUUUCUCAUCUUCCUUGCAUUCCAUACAUCACAGAAUCCUCUCUCAUUUUGCCAAGCAACAUAUGCACGCAUUGGCACCCACACACACACGCGCGCACGCAGGCAUUCACGCACACACGCACACGCACACACACACACCUCAAAGUCCGAAGAGCAAAAAAGAGACUCUUUAUGCAAGAUAAUAAAUACUGACGCAAAUGUGAAACAGUAAUAACAAUUCCAGGGUAUAAUUCCCUGCUGAAGGGCCUCUGACAUAUACAUAGGUGUUGUGUGGUGAACGUUGAUGUAGGGUGGUGUCCUUCAGUACACCUUUUCCUACAGCUAACAGCAAAGCCGUCUUCUGCAGCUGUGAACGAUGGACUUCCUCAGGGUCCUCUCUUUGUCCUCCUGAUGGUACUGAAUAAGAGAAGGAGGCUGAUAAACUCCUUUCCUGUCUCGAGGCAAUGGCAUCGAUCCCCCUACUGUUUGUUUGAUUGAUUGAUUUUGUCUUACUGAGUGACUA